CGCGAUUCAAGUUUUCGAAUUUAUUGGAAUUCAUGAUCAAUUUCUUUUUUUCGUUGUGGCGUGACCGAUUAAUGACCGAAACAAAUAAAGAAGCUUCGUAAGAAAUCAAAACGAUCGAGGUACGAAUCCAAACUCCAAAUCUCUCUAGUAGACGACCUGACGUUAUCCUGUUGUUCAUUUUUACCACGAGGAAUAUACCGAGUAAUUAGUUAGUUGCAGGUUACUUUCUCGCGCGCGAUCUCAAUUCUCAUCAUCAUAUCGAUCGACGCAGAUAUGUACAAACAUCACAUUAAAAGGAAAUGAAAACCAACCAAGAUGAGAAACUUUUCCCCCGUUUCUAGUCCUUACUUCUUCUUUGGAAAGCCGACGAAUUCAAGUUGACGAAUCGGGUGCUGUAACCGCCACCGGGAGGAAAGCCCAACCGCCAUCGCUCAUCAGUUCUGGGAAAAACACACUAGAGUCAGCAGCCCAAAUCAGGCCCAUAAAAACAGCAAGCUGAAGAACAGUGGAAACGGACCGGAGUGUGGAAUUGGACCUAUAUUUGACGUUGACAGAUAUUUCGUGGGCUAUAAAAAGGGACGGCCCAAAUAACGCUGAGACCACAUUUCCCAUUUUCCUCAAGAAACAAUGGCCACUACUACUGCUUUCUCUUUCUCCUCCUCCUCCUCCUCCUUUGCUGCAUCUCUCGCCUUCUUUCUUCUGCUUUCUUUGAAGACUGCUAAUGGCGAUGGAACAUUUGGGGUUCAGCAGCAGCAGCAUUUCUACACUGUUCAGCUCUCCUCGCUGUUUCCUUCCGACUCUUGCAGCCCUGCUCCUUCAACCAAAGGGCUGAACAAGCUGCCAGUGUUCCACAAACAUGGGCCGUGCGCCCAGGCCCAACAACUCACCAGCACCAAGCCCACCGCGGACGAAAUCCUCCGCCAGGACGAGUCCAGGGUCCGGACAAUCCAGUCCAGGACCAGAAAGUCCGACGUCAGGGUGACGGAAUCCACCACCAUCCCGGCCAAGGACGGCAGCAUUGUCGACUCCGGGAACUACAUCGUCACCGUGGGGCUCGGCACCCCGGCGAGACAACUCUCCCUCAUAUUCGACACCGGAAGUGACGUCACGUGGACGCAAUGCCAGCCGUGCGUAGAGCCUUGCUACCAGCAAAAGGAAAAGAUCUUCGACCCUUCCUCCUCCAAAACGUACCGAAACGUUUCCUGCGACGCCGCCGCCUGCUCCGCCCUCGAUGCCGCCACCGCAAACAGGGGAUGUAGGGCCUCGACGUGCGUUUACGGGAUUCUUUACGGCGACGCGUCGUUCUCCAUCGGAUUCCUCGCCAUCGAGAAACUGACGUUGACCGAAACCGACGUCUUCGACGAAUUCUACUUCGGGUGCGGCCAAAACAAUAAAGGGAACUUCGGCGGCGCCGCCGGGCUGCUCGGAUUGGGCCGGAACCAGCUGUCGCUCGUCUCCCAGACCUCCGACAAGUACAAGAAGCUCUUCUCCUACUGCCUCCCUUCCUCCCCCAGCGGCACCGGAUUCCUCACCUUCGGCGGCGCCGCCACAAAAUCGGCGGUGAAAUAUACUCCCAUCGCCAGCGUCGCCGGCGGCGACAACUUCUACGGGAUCGGCAUCACGGCCAUCAGCGUCGGAGGAAAGAAGCUCCCCGUCGCCGCAUCCGUCUACUCCGAUGCCGGCGCAAUCAUCGACUCCGGCACCGUCAUCACCCGGCUCCCGCCGGCGGCGUACUCCGCGCUCCGGUCGGCGUUCAGGAAGCAGAUGUCGAAGUACCCUCUGGCGCAGGGGCUGUCGAUCCUCGACACCUGCUACGACCUCAGCAAGUUUAAGAAUUUCGCGGUGCCCAAGAUCGGGUUCUUCUUCGCCGGCGGCGCCGAGGUGGACAUCGAUGCCGUCGGGAUUCUGUACGCCAUCAAGCCGACGCAGGUGUGCCUGGCUUUCGCCGGCAAUGGGGACGCGAAGGACGUGGCGAUACUCGGGAACGUGCAGCAGCAGACGCUGGAGGUGGUUUACGACGGCGCCGGCGGGAGGAUUGGGUUCGCCAGCGGCGGCUGCAAAUGAGGACUCGGAGCGACGUCGUAUUUUCCCCUAUGGAUGUCCAAUUUAGUAAGGGACAAAGGAAUUAUGGUAGUAUGUCGGAAUUGAAAGAACGAACCAAUGUCGGAAGGAAAAUGUGUACGAUAAGUAAAUAACUACCACAAGUUGAUUUUCCAAAAUGAAGUUGGUCACCAACAAAAAUCAUAUUUCGAAUUAUCUACUUUUAUAAGUUCACCAAGUAUUGGUUCGAACAAACUAGACCGAAAAUA